GCCAUCGAAUCUUACAGUAAAUUGUGUCGCUUAACAACGUAGUCUAAACUAAAACUGAUGAUUGGGUGGCAAGCGAACAAAGCGAAUCUAUUAUUUUACAUUGAUAGUCUGUUUUUCAGGGUGCCAGAUUGAAGGUGCUGUUGUAGAGUAACCACGACUCUCUCGAGUACACAUUGACUCAACCUGAAUGUGCAAUGAAAACGUUGACAGUCGAGUUUAAAUGUAUGAUUUAAUAUUGCAGUGUCCUUGGUCGACCCGAUUCCAAUGCCAUAUGUGGAAGUGAAGGAGCGAAGACUUGGGGGAACACGGACGAUAGAAGCUACAUGUAGCUAACUACAGACUAAUACUCGCUACCCACGUCAGAGGAACUGCGGUACAUUAGCCGAAGAAUGCCAGCGGGUGUGUGUGGUUGCUGUGGUCCCCUGAGGCCCAGGUACAAACGUCUUGUGGACAACAUUUUCCCAGAGGACCCCAAAGACGGCCUGGUCAAGUCGGACAUGGAGAAGCUCACCUUCUACGCCGUGUCGGCCCCCGAGAAGUUGGACCGCAUCGGGGCCUACCUGGCCGAGAGGCUCAGCCGAGAUGUGGUCCGCCAUCGCUACGGCUACGUGGUAAUCGCCAUGGAGGCCCUGGACCAGCUGCUGAUGGCCUGCCACUCCCAGAGCAUCAAGCCCUUCGUGGAGAGCUUCCUCCAUAUGGUGGCCAAGCUGCUGGAGUCCAGAGAGCCCGACCUCCAGGUCCUGGGGACUAACUCGUUCGUCAAGUUCGCAAACAUCGAGGAGGACACGCCGUCCUAUCACCGCCGCUACGACUUCUUCGUGUCGCAGUUCAGCGCCAUGUGCCACUCCACACACGAGGACCAGGAGGUCAGGACGAGGAGAGGCCGGACCUCAGGAGAGGCCGGACCUCAGGUGAGGCCGGACCUCAGGGUGGGGCACCCCAGCACCCCAUCAGUGUCCGGGCAGGAGGGGGAAGAGAACCCUGCCUCUCUGGCAGAGAGCUGCUUCAGAGAGCUGCUGGGCCGAGCCGCCUACGGCAACAUGAACAACGCCGUCCGACCCGUACUAGUGCACCUCGACAACCACCGCUUGUGGGACCCCAACGAGUUUGCUGUCUCCUGCUUCCGGAUCAUCAUGUACUCCAUCCAGGCCCAGCACUCCCACCAUGUCAUCCAGCAGGUCCUGGGUCACCUGGACGCUCACAACAAGAACACCCCUCGCGUCCGUGCCGGCAUCGUGCAGGUCCUCCUGGAAACGGUCGCCAUAGCAGCCAAAGGUUCCGUGGGCCCCACGGUGCUGGAGGUGUUCAACACCCUGCUGAAGCACCUGAGGAUGAGCGUGGACUUUGAGAUGGGAGAGACGUCCAGACGCAGCUCUGCCGUCAGCAACUCGUCCGGCGGCCGCCCCAAGGAGCACGAGGAGCGCAUCGUCCAGAACGCCAUCAUCCAGACCAUCGGCUUCUUUGGUGGUAACCUACCAGACUACCAGCGGGCAGAGGUGAUGAUGUUCAUCAUGGGCAAGGUGCCCGUCUACGGCACCCCCUGCCACACCCUGGACACGGUCCAGAUCGGGCACCAAGGCACCAAGCGUAUCCAGGCCAUGCUUCUGAGCUCUCUCAUCAUGGUGACCUCUGGCUUCAAGUCCAAGAGCAUGGCGGCCGCCCUCCCCCAUCCCUUCCUGGACCCCCUCUUCUCCAUCUCCCUGAUGGAGGACAGCGAGCUACGCCAGCUGGUGCUCGAGAUCCUGCACAACAUCAUCGAUCGCCACGACAACCGCGCCAAGCUGAGGGGCAUCAGGAUCAUUCCUAACGUGGCGGCCCUGAAGAUCAAGAGGGAGAAGAUAUCCAAACAAGAUGUUGGCUUCAUGAAAAAGCACGGCCAGCAGCUCUACCGUCACAUCUACCUGGGCUGCAAGGAGGAAGACAACGGCCACAAGAGCUUCGAGCUUCUCUUCACGGCUCUGGCCUUGUUGACCAUCGAGCUGGCUAACGAGGAGGUGGUGGUGGACCUCAUUCGCCUGGCCAUCGCUCUGCAGGACAUGUCGCUGGCCAAUGAGGAGAACUUGCCCAUGUUCAUCCGUUGUGGCAUCAUGGCUCUGGUGGCGGCCUACCUCAACUUCCUGAGCCAGAUGAUCGCCAACCCACCCUUCUGUCAGCACGUCAGCAAGGUCAUUGAGUUGAGGAACCUGGAGGCUCCUUACCUGCUCCCUGAGCACAUCUUCAGAGAGAAGUGUCCGUUUCCCGGCUCCCUGGAGAAGGAGGAGCGAGCGCUGUAUUUCCAGACGGCUGACCUGGCUGAGUGUCUGGCAGGACCGGGCUACAACGUGGAGCGUUUCACCAUCCCGUAUGUGCCUCAGGUCACAGAUGAAGACCGCCUCAGCAGGAGAAAGAGUUUCGUCGACACCAUCUCUCUACAAGUGGACAUCCUCCCCAACAGUCUCCCAGACAAGUCUGAAUUGGCUGAGGAGAUUACCUUUGAGACCUUGAAAAAAGCCAUUGACACCACAGGGUUAGAGGAGCAGGAGAAGGAGAAGAGACGUCAGGUGAUGGAGAAGUUCCAGAAGGCUCCGUUUGAGGAGAUUGCCGCUCACUGCGAGUCCAAGGCCAACAUGUUGCAUGACAGGCUGGCUCAAAUCUUCGAGCUCACAAUUAGGCCCCCCCCCAGUCCUUCAGGGAUGGUGUCUAUCUCGGCCGGCCACACCCAGAACCAGUCUGUGCCCGUGUACGAGAUGAAAUUCCCAGACUUGUGUGUCUACUAGAGCAAAACGACGCCUCACAUUUCAACACCUCAAUCACCUUAUAUUCCUGACCACAGCCUAAAGGCGUUACCCCCUAUCUCUUUGAAACAACCAGACUGUUAGUAGUAUUGUCUACUAUCAGAGUUGUUCCAAACUGUGUAACUGAACCACUAAUGUGACCGUGUUUUCAUAACUCCCUAACAGGCUGGACCACCUCACAUAGCGAUCAAUUAGCUGCUUUGCAUUGGCUAAUUAGCAGGAAUCUAUUUUAGCCACUGGGCAAAAAAAUCACAAUUAUUAUAUUAUUGAUGUUAGCAGAGCAGGUUAGCCUUUCCAAUGAGACGGAUGUGUAGGGAGGCUGUCUAAGACACUUUUAGAGCACUUAUUUCAACCCAGGAUGUUCUAAAACCCUGGUCAAAUCCAGACCAAAGGACCGAAAACCACACGAUCCGUGAGCUAAAAAGUAAAAAGUAACCCUAAGUAAAAAGUAACCCUAAACCAGAGGUCAGAGGUACUGAUGUUAGCUCCACGAGUCAGCAAGAAACCCUUCAUCUGGCACUUGAGGAAAAAGCCAGUUGGAGAUGAAAGAAAAUGGUCAUGAUCUAAUUACAUGGUCUUUGUAACAUUCCUCAAAAUAUUUCUGUGUUAUUCAGUUUAAUGACUUUCACUGUGUACAACGGGGGAUUAGUAGUAUGGAACUGCAAUCAUGUAGUCUUCUGCAGUAGUUUGGGAAAAUAAUUAUCAUUUCAAGUACUUGAUGGUUUACUGGUUUCAGCUUCGAGUUCAACAGUUCAUAUGUUGUGCAGUUUAUGUGUGGUUUUCCACCAGAUUACCUUCUCGGCCUGUCUGUCUUAGAGCACUUUUGUGGUUCGGCACAAAGCUAAUAGCUAUGAGUCCUCCUUCUCCUGUCAGAAGUUUGUGCCACACGGCACUGUAGAAUAGCUCCAUUAGAAUUCAGUCUUUUUGAUAGAUGCUUAAAAAUUAUUAUUAUUUUUUUUUUUUUAAAGCAUGACUCAGUGACCUGUCAAGCAUUGUGCAUGAUAGCAGUGUGAAAAGUUAAUGGCGCAGAGCUUUCAUUCUGUACAUUUUUACACUGCACUGUACCACUGCUUUCAAGCCAUGUGAGUCCAGUUUGAACUCAUAACACCUUACAGCAGGACAAAGUAGAAUCAAAUGGAGUAUUGUAUUCAUGCAUUCAUCCCACUCCAAUAUUCUAGACACUGAAAACCAGCAUGAACCAUUGAGCACAACACAAUCGUAUGUAGACAGCAACAUAUUUGCAUCGUUUAUUCUACAGUAUAUUCUUGUAAGAGAUUUUAACGAGAGGUGCUGGGGGGGGGGGGUAAAAUAUGAACAGAUUAUACUUCAGAGGCACACACAUCUUACAUUUGUCACUCCAGUAUUUUGCUGUAUCUGCACUUUGAUGUCAUCAGAUUUGUACUUAUCAUAAUAAGUAAUAUGCUUAUUGCUGUUGGCCAGAGUGUAAUUUGUAUACAAUGUGAGCAGUUGAGUCUAAUUGUUGCUUUAGGCUUCAAAGUUCUAGCUUCCUGUGAAAUAUUUUGUCUGUUGGAAUGUAAUUUUGAGUAUUUUGGAGAAAAAAACCUGCGCUAUAUUGAGGCUUCGUAGACCACAUUAACAACUCACAGCUACAGCGAGGAUACAUUUUUACUAGCACUGUCUGGCAUCUAGAGUACCAAAACACUUCCAUCGCCAAAGAAAUCCACCGCCACGUUUUAUAACACAACCUAAAAGGCUCAUCUUCUGUGGGAUUGCAAGCAGCGUCGACACGCCACUGAGCAAUUUAAUAACACAGAUAUGAAUCUAUGUUUACGGCGUUGAAUGUGGGUAGGUGGCUCUUCAGAGCCCUGCCUUCAGUUUGCUGGCUGGUUUAUGCAACCUUGUGCCCUGUGUUAAGACUCUGCCGUUUAAUGUUGCCGAAGGUGGUUACAGACUUGCUCUCUCCGUGAUGAACAAAGCAAAUCGGUUCGACCAAGCACAGAGAGCUGAGGCAUGGUUUAGUUUAGUAGGUAUUGUGUGUGUGUUCCCCAGUAAUGCCUUUAGGGGCAGUUUAUUCUGAAAAACAUCACAAGACGAGACCGGGAAGGCUGUAUGUGUAUGUGUAGAUGGUUACAGUAAAGGGUUUGGAAUCGAGGGGAAGGUUCUGGAAUGUUGUCCAGUGGCUCUUUGUUGUUAUUAUUAUGGGAUGGCAAUUAACUCUGGGGAAUUUGUGUAUUUUCAAGGUGGUAUUGGGAUGGUUGAGGUUGAUCAGAAGGGCAGGUUUGUUACCCUGGUGAUGAUGGCGACUGGUAAGAGUUCAGUCUGACAGUGUCUGUGAGCAGCAGUAAAGGAAAGCUGUCGAGUCUGACUUAACCGAAAUCUGGAUCGUGUGUCAUCUCGUAAGAAAGGACCGUUGUCAUUAACGACAGGGACUUUAAUACUGGACUGGGCUUGGAUAGACCAUCUUACACCAGACCACAAUUGAUCAAAACAAUGAAAAAUCCCUCCAACUCCAUUUUAAUGUUAAGUUGAUUUCGUUCACUUUAUUCAUAUUAUUUGAUCUAAUAUAGAAAACCACUCAGUACACUUAAUCUAAAUUCAUAUUGAAUGUGUCUUAUAUGUGCAAUAUCCACAUUGUUUUGGUCAGAUCAUAGAAUUUCAAAUGUUUGAUUAUGGGAUGUCUUACCUUAGGGAAAAGUGGUGUGUAUAGAUGCAUUGUAUAGAUUGACUGUUCAUAUAGCAACAGUAUCUAUGUGGAGGGUGAACUAUGGAAAAUGGCACUUAGGUUGUUAUAGGCCAUACAGUAUCAUGUACUCUAUAAAAGAGUCAUCAAAGCCUAUCAUAUUAUAUAUAUAUUUUUAUAGCCUAGAUAUGCAUUCUAUUGUUGGCAUGUUGCCUGAUAGAGAUUAAGAUCUUAGUUGCUGUGUGUAUUCUGUGUACCAGUUGCGAGUCCCGUGUUUCUGGAGGUAGUUAGGGUUGACACAGGGUUGUUUUUUUGUCUCAUGAAAGGUUAUUCUUUGUAUAGACUGGAGUUAGAAAUUCUCCAACACUGUACCACCUACUUUUAUUUCCUUAAGGAAGAUGGGACGACGUAUCCUGACAGACAUAAUAAGCCUGUUAGCAGCACAGCAUGUAACUGUCAACCAUCCAGGUGUUUCUUUAUAAUUGGGACAACACAAUGAAAGGGGGUGUGGGAUGAAAUGUACUUGAAGUCAGUUACCUCCAGAAAUAGGUUCUCCAAGGCAACGCAGUCAGGUAAAAUGUUAUAUUCUUCACAAUCGACACUGUGGUAUUCUGUUUAUAUGGUUGUUAGAGUAAAAAGAAAAAUGACCACAUGGGUCAAACUUAUCUCCUCAAUGUUUAGCGAAUAAUGUUUUAUUAAUAGUUCAAAUAAAAACAUACAAGAAGAUGAAUUGCAUAAACAUCUAGACACAGAUAUUCUUGUGAGAGGAUAGUAACAGUGACCAUUUAUCAGUUAACAAAUUAUAAAAAAAUAAUGUUUAAUGAGAGGGUGCACACCUAGUUGCAAUAGCAAUGGGAGACUUAUUAAUAAUGUAUUCAUGUUGGCAUUUGUUUGCACAUUUUAUGUUAUGUACCUGGUACUUGGGGAGAUUUCGUUUUAGCAUUGUUUGAUUAAUUUGAUGUUGUCUUUAUCAAUAUGGCAUUAUGGGUAAUCAUCCAUGUAAUCAUUACAGGUUCAGGUUCAAUUUCUCUGGUACAGUUUUUCCAAUAGGGAACCACAUCGAUAUGGAGUUAGGCCAUCAGUCUCAUGAUAAUAUUUUGUGAUGCAAAAGUGAUUUGUGUCUGAUCUGAAGUCAUUGUUCAACAAUCACAAUGAAAACAUGAAGUCAUUCUAGUUCAUGACCUUUUGCAAUGUAAUUGAAAACCACUGAAGCUUGGCUUGAUUCAAACUGCUCACUGUUGGUUUUAACCACUAUGACAGAUCUUUUAUUCAGUCAUCACACAUCACACGUGCAUAGAGAUCAUUGUAUGAAAAAUAUACAAGAAUACAAUAAAUUGUUUCUAUCAAACCAUG